AUGGAGGAGGAAAAUCAGACAGGAGUGGUAUAUUUCCACUUCCGCCCCUUUUCAACCAGCUCCACAAUAGCUUCCCUGGUGUUUGUGGGCUUCUUGCUGCUGUAUCUUGGAAGCCUCAUUGGAAACCUCACCAUCGGGCUCACCGUCUGGCAGGAUCACUCCCUCCAUACCCCAAUGUACUUCUUCCUUUUUGUGUUGGCCACAUUAGAGCUUGGCUAUUCCACCAACAUUGCUCCGUUGACUCUGGCUAGCAUCCUCUCCAUGGGGAAGAUGCUUAUCUCUCUGCCCAGCUGUGGGGCUCAGAUGUUCUUCUUCAUCCUUCUAGGAGGAUCUGAUUGUGUCCUGCUUGCCAUCAUGGCCUAUGACAGGUAUGUGGCCAUCUGUCACCCACUGCAUUACAGCCUCAUUAUGAGUUGGCAGCUGUGCAGGCAGAUGACUUUAGGUUCCCUGGGGCUGGGAUUCCUGUUGUCAUUGCCUUUGACCAUUCUGAUCUGCCACCUUCCAUUCUGUGGCCACAAUGAAAUCUACCACUUCUUCUGUGACAUGCCUGCAGUCAUGCACCUGGCCUGUACAGACACCCACAUGCACCAGGCAGCUCUCUUUGCCAUCAGUGUGGCUGCAGUGGCCAUUCCCUUUCUCCUUAUCUGUCUCUCCUAUGGUUGCAUUGUGGCUACCAUCCUGAGGAUGAAGUCAGCCGAGGGGAAGCGCCGGGCCUUCUCCACCUGCUCCUCACACCUCCUCGUGGUUGCCCUGCAGUAUGGGUGCUGCACCCUCAUCUACCUUCGCCCCAGCUCCAGCUACACCCCAGAGGAAGGCCGGGCAGUAUCUGUUGUCUAUACCUUUUUCUCCCCAUUGCUGAAUCCCUUAAUCUAUAGCAUAAGGAACCAAGAGGUGACUGAUGCAAUAAAAAGACUUUUGGCAAGAAUGUUCUGGCUCAGGAAGCCGGAAACAUUGCUUCCUAGGAAAAUUAGUCACCAAACAAGGAGGGACGGAUGGAAAGGAAGCUUACCAUAA